AUGUGCUUAAUCGAAAACACAUCUGACAAGUGGCGGCCGGCGGCCGUCGUUCUUCUCAUUAUUUCCAACCUUCAGCGGCUCAUUUUUCCACUUCUCAAGUCUACAUGUCGAUCCAGUUUCCAAGGACCACCACCACUCCAUAUCCGUACUUGUUUAUUAGCGAUACCUAAGCCUCAAAGCAAAGGCCAAAAGGGGCGUUCUAAUUCCAAUUUCGGCACACGUUGCCGAUUUUGGAGGCGGUGAAGCGCAAGUCUGCAGGUAGACCGCCGCACCUGAAUGGCUUAGACGAGCAAAAAGAAUUUUUUGCGGCCGUAUUAUAUCUCAUCGAUCGAGAGCCGCCGCAGGAGAGCCCAACAUUUCCCACGCGACGUGUUGGCACCUGCUACCGCACCGCCUUAUCAUAUCCUCGGCUCUGCGCAGCAAACCCAAAACUGACAUCGGUCCGAUGGCCGCCGCCAGCAUCUCGUACUCGGCGCUCGCCUACAAUGGACAGUGAGUGUCGCAAAACUACCUUGCAGGUGCAUGUUCUUGGGCAGCCGGUUCAUUUCUUUCUUUCUGUUCCUUUCAUUUUUUCUUCAUCGAGAACGCACUUUUCCACUUGAUACUGUCUCUUCUGGGCUUCGGAACUGUUUCACUGAUUUUAUCAGACAUAAUCAGCCCAUCUUCGGCUUCCAUCAAUACAUAUCUUCAUUGUGGUCUUACCAUCACUGGCAUCGUUAUCAGAAAAAUCAAAGAAUUCGAAGAAAAGAAGUCAUGGAAGGGUAAUUAUGUCACAUUAAACUAAUCUUCAGUUUUUAGCUUUUUUUAUGUCUUCUUUGAGAAAAGUUCAAAAAAAGGCCAAAAUUUUUUUAGGACCCUCACUUAAGAUUCACCUUUGUAAAGAGAAACAAGGCUUUGUUUUUUUCCGGUGUUUUAAAAAUUCAAAGUUAAAUUUAAUUUCAUUUUUUUGAAAAAUACUUUUUCUUGAUGUAUUUUUGUCCCAUAUUGGCAUAUAAUUCAUGAGUGUAAAAAUAAACUUCUGCAAAUACGAAAAAAAUUUUUCAAACGAAUUUAGAACUUUUGGUGAAUUUGCUAAUUGAUCAAUUGAUUAUCCGAGGCUCAAUGAUGGACUCGGCUUGUAUGGAUUGUUGUGAAGGUGUUAAACAAGUACGGCCAGAGGAAACGACGUCAUAGCAAAUCUGAGCUGGAAUCAUUCUUCUUUCUGCUUGUCCAACCCAAAAGGCUCCUCCUCCUCCUCUUUUCUCACGCCUUAGCCUCGAACUCCGUCUCAUCAAAAGUCGUUGCCAAUCAUCGUCCCACCCGCCUUCACUCUUUGACUUCACUCCGGAGGGGUUAGAGACACGUGGCUGUCCGUUUUCUUGCAAAAACCUCCGUCAAAGUCGUCGUCGAAAUGGCGAUCGCAAUAUCACAGGCCGUCCUUACCCACAGAAACUCCAUACAAUUUGCCGUUCCUAAUAGCCAAGAUGCGCUAAAGUUCAAAAAUUACAGGGUAACCGGCAACAUGAUCAGCGGGUGAGUCUUCUUCUUCUUCUUCAUUUUUCGACCUGCAUGCCUUUUUUCAACCUUUUCCGAAAUCCGAUCAAAAGUUGCACUGCAUGGCUUUGUUUCUCCACCAAAGAUUCAAUGAUAGUGUGUAGUUCAAAAUUACCAACACUUGAAUGGUUUUUGCUUAUAAAAAAAAUAUAAUUGAAGGAAAUUUCAGCUUAACUAAGGAUAUUUUUAUCUUGAUUCAUUUCUGGAAACAAAUCUUUCACUGAUUUUGCUGAUACAAAUAUUCUGUUUUUUUCUCUAUAUUAUCAAACAAAGUGUUGGUAAUUUUUCUCCUAAUUUUUUUUGAUCAUCGAUCAAAAAAAUAUCCUUAGCUUUCAACGAGUAUGUUCCUCGCUUCAAAAUUAAUUUUCAGGGCAGCCCAACAACAUAAAAAGCGGCUGAUUCCGUUGAGGAAAACGGACGCCAUGAGCCAUGCCGAACGGCGGAACGCUCAAGUCCUCGACGAUGUUUGGCGGUCAGGCGGUCCCGACUGUUUUCAAGUAAAACAAAAAACAAUCACCGAGGUGUUGAAGCUUAUUUUUAAACCGCAGGUUGUGCCACCGGGGGGAGUUGGCUCCGAGGGAGAACCUCUUUUCCUGAGGCUCAACAUCGGCGGGACAAGCUUCGUCAUCCUCAUCGACGCUUUGCUUCGAGCCGAAUCGACGACUUUUUUGUCACGAUUUGUGCAGCUCACGCAUACGGCUCGAUUGAAAGUAAAGAAUCAAUCCAGAAAUAAUGUUGAUUGAUGUCGAAAACAGGUUUCCGACGCCUAUCUAGCGGAUGAUGACGCCUAUUACUUCCAAAGGUCGCCGACGUCCUUCGAGGCGAUAUUUCAAUACUACGCGACAGGUGUCGUACAUCGUCCCUCAGAGGUCCUUUUUUAUAGAAACUUAUGAAAAUUAAGGAAGAUAAAAACCUUUGAAGAUCAAAAUAUUUUAAAUGUUCGUUUUCUCAAAAUAAAGUUUAAAGAGAUGAAAAUAGUCAAAUCUUGCUAUUUUUGCUCGAUUAAAUUUUUUUUCUCAGUUGUAAGGUUUUUUUUUAUAGAUUUGCCCCGCUUCGUUUUUGAGUGAACUUGAUUUUUGGAGAAUCUCGCAUCAACACGUCGGCUCCUGUUGUGCUGAUAUCGUUCCUCAGCCAAGAAACGAGGAAAAAGAAGAAGAAAAAGUUGGAAAUUAGUUGAGGUACAAAGAGAUAAGGAUGAAUUUCAGGUUGAUGACACAACUUUCGAUAAGUUGAUGUGCGGGAAGCUGCGGCGGCGGAUGUGGACUUUCCUAGAAAGGCCUGGCUCUUCGAUGCAAGCCAAGGCUUUCGAGCUCUCCUCCACUCUUUUUGUCGCGAUUUCUGUGAUGGGACUGAGCUUUGGAACGAUACCGGACUUUCAAGUAAGUGUCCUCUUCUCCAGAUUUUCCAAUCAUCUUUUACAGGUUACAUAUUACAUGGCGCCACACAAAGAGUCGGUCGUGUUACCCAACGGAGUGGUGCAGGUCGUUUCGAAGGUCGAAGAGAUGCGAGUGGAACAUCCAGCUUUUGUCUUCACUGAACGGAUAUGCAUCGCCUUUUUCACCGUCGAAUACUGCCUGCGGUUUUUUGCGGCUCCUCGCAAAAUGCGAUUUGCUCUCAAGCCACUGAACCUCGUCGACCUGUUGGCGAUCGUUCCUUUCUACCUGGAGCUGCUGCUCACUCUUUGCGGCGUCGAUGACAAGAAAUUACGAGAUCUGCGCUGGGCUUUCCUCGUAGUCCGUAUUCUGCGAGUCCUAAGAGUUAUCCGAAUAAUCAAACUCGGCCGCUUCUCCUCUGGACUCCAGACUUUCGGAAUGACCUUGCAGAGGUCUCAGAAACAACUGCAAAUGAUGGCGAUCGUCCUGUUGACUGGAGUCGUCUUCUUCUCAACUCUGAUCUACUUCUUGGAGAAAGACGAGGAUGGAACUCCUUUCAUCAGUAUUCCUGCGGCCUAUUGGUGGUGUAUAGUGACUAUGACCACUGUUGGAUACGGUGACGCCGUUCCUGCCACAGCAAGUAAGUUUUGAAGCGAGAAAGAGACGAAGAUUUGAUUAAAUUUAGCGGGCAAGAUAAUCGCAUCAGCGGCGAUCAUGUGCGGCGUCCUCGUCUUAGCUCUUCCUAUCACUAUCAUCGUCGACAACUUCAUCAAAGUCGCACAAGACGAACAGCAAGCCGAACAACAGAAGUUGGACCAGAGUCGGCAGGAAAUCGCGUUGCAGUCUAUGCUCAAAGGAGACGAAGAUUGA